AUACACGCUUAAUUGAAUGCUGAUUUUUUCAUGGGAUCAACGGUGUGAUAUUAAAACGGCAAAUCUGUUUUUUUCUAAUUAAUCCACGCCUGCCUUCUGGGGGAUGGAACAUUGAUGACAGUAGAUAAAUAUCAACUUGACGCACAAACGAUUUAUAUUAUGCUGCAAAAAUGAAUUUAUCACAGACGUAAUAUUACAUGACAUAACUCAUUAAACUGUAAUCGGAUCAACUUUAAACUUAACAUCAUAUUUUAGGUCACGAUCAUUGAAAUCACUCUUAUCGUAACCAGAUAUAACAAUGGUUGCUUUUAACUCAGGAAACGCAUUUUCACAUUUCUGGACGAUGUCUGGACUGUUGAUUCUAUGUGGAUUAUUCAACUUAGGGAUUGCACAACCUAGUUUCUUUAAACCAGACGAAUCUGAAGGGUUACUGCCAACAAAUAGAGGAGUCUGUAUGGACGCCAUGUUGGUCUUUGAUACGUCAUGUUCCAUAACCAUGGCUACAAGACGCCAAGCGAUAGAGUUUUCCAAGAAGGUGAUGUCUUUAAUCCCCAUGGCGGUAAGUCCUUUAGAGACAAUAAUGGGCACAUCGUUUGUGUUUUGUGGGGCAGUGACAUUUGAUAGCGAACUACGUCACGAAUUCUACAUGAAUUCUGUUAAGUCAAAAGAGCAACUAUUCAUCAAUUUAGAUAACAUCAACGUCACCAGUAACGGAUGCAAGUCCAAAACAUACAAGGCUUUGAAAUGGCUACCUAAACAGUAUUUUACUCGCAGUAGGGGCGACAGGGACGAUUUCUUGUUUCCCGAUUUGGUGAUUAUAUUUACGGAUGAUCGAACAAUUCCGGGUUCUCUCGGCCGAAUCAAGCAGACACGUGACCAAGUGGAAGACUUUAUCGAGAAUGAUACAAAGGUUUUCUUGGUCUUGGAACCAAAUAGCCGCGAAAGGGAUCCAUAUACUAUAGUUGACGUUCUAGAUGACGAUAGCAUAUUCGAACUUGACGAUCCCGAUGCCCCUCGCAGAAUGGCAGAAAAAAUGGUAUCUUCCUACCCAUGUGGCUUGCCACGACCUCCUGUACUCAACGACGACGUUGGAAGAGGAUGUGUUGAUUUGGUCUUUGCAUUUGACAUUGGAUGUAGUCAUCUGCCCGAGUUGUCAAAGCUAAGUAAAGAUGUCGCCACUAAGAUCAUAACAGAGCUGAGUUCGUUUUCGAUGGACUACCGAAUCGCAGCUGUUACAUUUGCUGCGCGUCCAAAAGAUGAAUUUGUGUUCCAAUUUGACCCUAUUGAUGCCGAAAAAAUCAAUGAGAACUUGCGUAAAAUAGAUACAUCUUCACCGGUCUGUCGAAGUGCUACGCAUCGUAUGCUUCAACAUGUGAGAAACACUCACUUCAGUGAUAUCAAUGAAAUAAACUACAGAAAAGCAGUCAAUCAGAAAGCCUUAGUUAUAUUUUACGAUGGUUUAACAUCGCCCGCACGUGCCUACGAAAGGACAAUACGAGAGGCACAAGAGCUUCUAAAUCAAGAUGUUGACAUAUUCGUUGUCAAGCUUGAUAAUAAUCGUAAUAAAGAUGGCAGUAUCGAGUUUAAAAAUAUCGUUGCUGGGGAGGAGUAUUUGUUUCCGCGCAAUGGUUUCCUGGAUAGCGGUAAUGUGGAAGAAGUUGCACAGGGUAUAGCGGAGAGAUUUGGAGGAUAUAUUUGCAAACCUAGUGAAGAAGAACUCGGCUUGGUUGUUCCAGGGUAGACUCACUGUCUAAAUGUCCAUAAGUGUGAAUGUCCAGUGACCACGUGGAUUAAAUUCUGGACUCUAUUGAAUGACCAUCCUUU